AUGUUGUUUCUCAGUGCCUUAGCGAUCGGGAUGAUUUCUGGCUUGCAGAAUGUUACCACGGAAGUGCCGACAACGGAGAGUGACGCAGGGUUGACGACGACAGACGGCAUGGGGCUGUUGGAGACGACAAGGCCGUCGGUCGGGGGCGAUUUCGUGAACGUUACGAUACAAGAGCGUCCAUCUAUGUGGGAUAUGUAUCUGAAUCAUUGUCCUAAGUGGCGUCCGAUAAAUCAUAUAUUUUUCCAAGCAGCCAAUGUGUUCUUCCUAUUGUCGUUCCUAGCUCCUCAUACGCCCAGUGGACUCAUAUGGCUCAGAGUGGCCUUGAUCCUUGGAUGUGCCUUUUCAGGGCUUUGGGCAUGGAGCAUAGAGUGUUACUUAGAUGCUGUGGUGUGGAACAGUGCAUUUAUUGUUAUUAACUUUGUGUACUUUGCUGUGCAGUUUUACUUGAUGAGGCCUAUCAAAUUUCACAGGGAUAUUGAAGAGGUGUACUUAGCCCUGUUCAAACCACUGCGGGUCUCCAGACGGCAAUUCCGCCGUGUGUUAAUGUGCAUGCGCAAUGUACGUCAUUUGAAGUGUCACGAGCUGUAUGCGCACGAGAAGGUCACUAAGGUGGACAGCUUAUCACUCGUCUUAUCUGGCAAGCUAGUGGUGUCGCAGAACCAACGAGCGCUUCACAUUGUUUUUCCACAUCAUUUCUUGGACUCGCCGGAGUGGUUCGGCGUGUCGACAGAUGAAUUCUUCCAGGUGUCAAUAAUGGCAAUGGAAGAGUCUAGAGUGUUAGUGUGGCAUCGGGAUAAAUUGAAGCUGUCGAUCAUAUCCGAUGCUUUCUUGCAAGCGGUCUUCGACCAUAUACUUGGUAGAGAUGUCGUUCAUAAGCUUAUGCAGGUAAGCGAAACGAUGUCAGUAAGCAAUGGUCAUUUGCCCAAUAGCUAUGAAGAGGGCGAAGACAAACCUAUGCUUGUAGUGAAGAAGGCCGGUGACGGUCCUGGCAUUACCGCCUUAUUGAAUCGACAGUUGCAAGCGACAGAUCCAAACGCAUGGCGUCUUGGACGAAUUGACGAGGCGGAUCACGAAACGCCCGUU